AUGGAGGAAGAAAUAUUGGAAUCGGUGGCUAGUCUAAACUCGGGAACCUCUGACACAGCUCUGAUUGUAGUUCCAUCCGGUGGGAAAGAUAAUGAGCAGCAGGGACAUUCACCGAGUACCUUGGAGCCUGCUAAGAUUCUGGGUUAUGGCACUCCGGCGAAUGCGAACGAUGAGUACCUUCGUAUAGGUAAAACAACUUCUUUCACCUACCUUUCAUUGUUUUGUGAAGUAAUAAUUAAUCAUUUUGGUCCAACAUAUUUGCGAAAACCAAACGAUGAAGAUGUUAGACAAAUAUUGAGGGAGAAUGAGGAAAGGGGAUUCACAGGAAUGUUAGAUAGUCUCGAUUGUUCACAAAACGAUAUUAAUGUUUUGCACAAGUCGCCUCUGUUUGAAGAUUUGAAGUAUGGGAUUUCUCCAUCUGUCCGUUUCAUGAUCAACGGUCAUCAGUACACUCAUGGCUAUUAUCUUGCGGAUGGUAACUACCCAAAAUGGUCCACCUUAGUUCAAUGCUACCGUCAGCCUCCUGCCGAUGCAUUUGGCCUUUCAUUCCGACAUUUUAACGAUGCCCAAAUGGCAUUGAGGAAGGAUGUGGAACAAACCCGUCGUGAUUCAGAUUGGACUAACUAUGAAGAUGAAGAUUUGAGGCCAGAGAUUCGACCACAUAGAGGCGUCCCUGCAAGGGACUAUGGUCAAAUGACUAACUACAUUCAGAACCGAAAUUUGUAUGAACAAUUAAGAGAUGAUCUGAGAUUGAAUCUUUGGGCAGAGCAUGGAAGAUGA